UUCCCUCCUGUAGGGUAUUGAUUUGAUUGUCAAAUAUGACAGUUUUCCAUAUGUUUAGAAAAUUUUAUGUUUUGUCUUUAAUUGUUUGUUAUUCCUUCGGUUAUAAAAUUGAAAAGUACCCGUUACUCAUGCCUAAUGUACAUCCUUAUGUUGAAGAAUUAUACUUAUGUACUCCUGUCAGAGUCAAUUACACAAAGAACUUUUACAUUGUGGGUUUUGAACCUUCCGCAAGUAUGAAUGUUGUUCACCAUAUGCUUCUCUAUGGAUGUUCGGAACCUGGAAGUAAUCUUGCCUAUUGGGAUUGUGGAGAGAUGGUUAUUGAUAAUGGUAUUCGACAAACUUUUCAUCCUUGUAAAAAAGGCUCUCAAAUCAUAUAUGCAUGGGCUAGGGAUGCACCUAAAUUAUCAUUACCAAAGGAUAUGGGAUUCAAAGUUGGAGGUGAUUCACCGAUACAAUAUCUGGUUUUACAAGUUCAUUAUGCCCACAUUGACAGUUUUAAAGAUGGCCAUGCGGACAACUCAGGAAUAAAUCUCUAUUACACAGAAAAAAGGAUGCCAAAAUUAGCUGGAGUUUUAUUACUGGGUACUGGUGGAUAUAUUCGGCCAAUGAGCACAGAACAUAUGGAAACUUCAUGUAGAAUCAAUGAGGACAAAAUCUUGCAUCCUUUUGCCUUUAGAACACACACUCACUCACUCGGUAAAGUUGUGUCAGGAUAUAGAGUUCGUAACAUUACCGGGAAAAAUGAAUGGACACUUAUUGGAAAAAAAGAUCCUCUUUUACCUGAAAUGUUUUAUCCUGUUGUUGAUUCAAAUAUUACAAUUAAGAAAGGAGAUUUAUUGGCUGCUAGGUGCACCAUGAAAAGUGAUCGUAGUUUUGUUACAAGUGUUGGUGCAAAGAAUAUUAAUGAAAUGUGCAACUUCUACAUUCUGUAUUGGACUGAGGGAGAUGCUCCGCUAACUAACAAAUAUUGUUUUACUGAAGGGCCACCCUACUAUUAUUGGAAACAGGAUGGGUUGAACAAUAUUCCUGAAGAAGAUGCAUCUUCAUUGGAUUAAACUAUUUUUUUUCUGUAAUUCUGAGCAUAAUGAUGUACAUAUUGCAUCAGUAAAUCUUGUCCUACUUUUUUGAAUCUGUCUCUUAUAAUGGAAAUUCGAAUUAUCUAUUAUUAUGUAAAAAAAACAUAUAUAUACUUGUUAAGUGAUAUUGUUGACCAUAGAUUAAAUUAUAAGAGAAGUUGGUUGGGGUGUACUGUCAUAUAUGAAAUUUCCCACGUAUAAGAAGUCUUAUUCUGCUGUUUCGACUUAAGUUUUAGACCUUCAUCCAAGGAAGUUCACCUGGGAUGUUCUAAACAAGCAGUCCACUUGAUGUGAACAUUUCAGACAAGCUGCCCUGAUGAAAGCCUAAAACUUAAAAAGUCAGCACACAAUAAAAUAAAACUUUUAUAUGUGUUUAAUUUCAUCUAUGCACCCUUGUUGACAACUUCUUAUAUUCUUGUUAAUUGAUUUUAUAUUUUACUGAACCAUUGCUUUUUUGUUUUGUUUCUUAUUUCACUAUUAUGUAAAUUAAUAUUUUAAUAAAAGCAGGGAAUAUUUUUCAAAUAUAACUAUGUUAUAUUGAUAAAUGUUUAUCUUUGCAUCCUUCUGUGAUAUGUUUAAUAUUAAUCAUAUCAUACUAAGUAUAGUUAUUUUCCAAUAACUGAUAAUCUGAAUUUAAUUGUUGAUUUAUUUUUUGUUUGAAUCUCUUCUAAUUAGGCCUAGACUAUUAACAAAAGAAUUUGUAUCUCUUUUAUGUAUUCAUUUUUGCUCUACCUCGUUUUCAGAUUUUGUCAUAAUAUAUUUAUUUUUUCAAUUACAAUUAUGCAUAGUAAAAAAAAAUUGUGACUAUUCAAAUUUUCAUGUUUUAACCUUCCAUGAAACUCCUAUAGGUACUUCAUUUCCUAUAUCUGAAUCUUAUGCUGAAGCCUAAUAAUAUCCUUGGUUACUAAUAAUUGUAGUUAUUUUACUAUAUAUUUUAUAUAUUAGUGAAAAAAACUUCUUAAAAAAUAAUGUAUUUAUUCGCAAAAAAAAUUAAUCAACUGAUAUUUUGAAGUGUUCCUCCCUCUUCAGGAUUCUUUAUAGAAUCAUUAAUGCACAAUGUUAGCUGUAAAUUUUCCCCAAGGAUCCUACAAUCCAUACUUAUUAUUUUGUCAAAUAUAACUAAAAUUAGUUGUUCUCAAGUAUUUAUUUUACUAUGGAGUAAUCACAUUCUAUUGAAUAUUCAAUUAUAUAUUUUUAAAACUGUUCAGAUGUAUUACGUAAAUAAGCUUUAUAUUUAUAUAUUUAUUUUAAGAGUUGUAAGUAUCCACAGAAUUUCUUUAGAAAUUUGCCAGCGUUCUUAUUUUUGAAAGGAAAAUUGGUUGCUGAAUAUUUGAAACUGUGAAGGAGGAUAGCAAUAGGAGAAGGAGAACCAAUACAGAGGUUUAUGGGCUCUAGGGAAGAAUGGAUUUAAUGACAUAUACUAGAUGGGGCAGACUAUGUUAUGCUGGCCAUGCUACAGUGAUGCCAUUAGAAGAGAUUCCAAGGAAGUUGCUGGAUGGGAGAUGAUAUGGGACCAAAUGAAGAGGCAGCCCUCGAUUAAGAUGGGAGGAGGGAGUAGCAGAGGAUGCCCGGGAGCUGCUGGACACAUGUAACUGAUGAGAGGCUGUCCAGGAUAGAUUAACCUGGCGAAGGUUUAUUGAGGAGUGCCAGGACCACACCGGGUUGUAGUGCCAUGAAGUAUUAGUUAUAUAUAUAUAUA